AUUUACUCAAAACACUACUAUGUAUGCAGAAAGUGGUCAACAACCCUUCUUAUUCAACCCUCUUCUCUCGAUUUCAUCUUCAAUACCAAACAAAACUCUGACAGAGAUUUCUUGAUCGACGAUGACUCGCGGCAACCAGAGGGAGAAAGAUCGUGAAAGAGCCAAUGCUCGUAAUGGCGGUAAAGGAAAGACCAAAGACGAUGGAUUGACCCCUGAGCAACGCCGUGAAAGGGAUGCAAAAGCACUCCAAGAAAAGGCUGCAAAGAAGGCAGCACAGGCUGCAGGGAGUGGUGGUGAUGCAGGAGCUAAAAACUCCAAGAAAUAACAGAGAGUAUCAUCUCUUUUUUAUUUUUUUUUCUGAAUGAUUGUAUCAUCUAUAUUUAACAUUUUAUAUAUUGACAUUAUGAAAAAGUUUAUUCUGCAGAUUUAUUAUUAUCUGAAAUAAAUAUUCUUCUUUUGUCACAUGUAUUUUGUCUGUUUAUAAUUUGGCUCCUUUAAUAAAGUUGUGUUUUGCUUUC